AUGUCUUACGACACAUAUCGAGAGACCCCGGACAUGGCCGAGAGCACCGACAUGUCAGAUUUGCGGGACGCAUUACCGCAUAUUCAGCCGCGCGCACCAUCGCCGGCAACCAACCAGCAGCAGAUGCAGAACCUGCAGAACCUCAUCCUAACGGCGGUCAACAACGCAAUCGCAGACAACAACGAAUUAUGGGAAGAGAGAUUCUCAUCGAAAGACGAAGAAGUAAGAGACUUGCGCAGAAGGCUCGCAGAGAGCGAAAGGAGGCAGCCUUCAGGAAUGGGCCUGCCACGCGCACAAGAAGCAGAAUUUAGGAAAACGGCAUUAGCAAAGCUGGAACCUUAUGACGGAGACAAGAAGAAGUUUCGAAGCUUCUCGGAGUCAUUAGAACUCCAUUUUAAUGCAAAUUCGGCAUACUUCUCCCGAGAAAGGAACCGGAUAAGCUUCGCCUUAUCCUAUAUGAGUAUAGGGGCAGCAGCGGCCCUAAGAACAGAGUGGGUAGAGAGGAGAAAGAUCGCAGAAGAAAGGUCAGAUGCAGGGGAAAUCACCCUCUUAGAGAGCUGGGCUCACUUUGAGAGGACCCUCAAAGACCAUUUCACUGACACAUGUCAGGCAACAAAUACGAAGCUAUAUAACAAAGCUCAAUGUCUGGUCAAGUCCUUCCUUGAAGGCGGUGAAUCAGAGUAUGAGAAUGAAGAGUAUCGGUAA